GGUGGCGAAGAAAAGGGCGGGGGUGAGGAGGGGAGGGGAAAAGAAAGAGAGGGAAUGCGUGUCGACAGCGACAGUUUGGAGGAAAUGGCGGACAGACAUUGAGAGGGAGACCUCGGAAGAGGGAGGAGAGAGCGCCUGAGAGAGAUUGAGAGAGAGAGAGGGACGACAGAGAUUGAAAGAGACAGAAAGAGAGAGAGAGAGAGGGAGAGAGAACGUCAGCGGGGUGGAGAAUUCGUUCUUCUCGUCCCGUUCCCCCGUUUACCUUUCUCCUUCGUCGUCGUCCUCUUUUUCGAACCCCACCACGUCUUCCCCCCGCCCCCUCCGGCAGGCAGACUUCUGUUGAAUUUUGGCUCGCCGUUGUUAUUAUCAUCUCUUCUCUGGUCCGCUGUUUCUCUCCGAAAAGUCAAAUUUUUGGCUGCUUUGAGGACGGGUAGAUUUGUUCAAGUUGCUCCAUAGCUAGAAUUGUAUGGUUUAUGUUUUGACAGAUUGUGCUCGCUGAGGUUCUUCUUCGGUUUAGAAAGGAAAAUACUUAAUCCUAUGGUCGCUUUUGUCUUCUCCAAAGAGAUGAUAUGUUUUUUUCAACUUCGUUGGUAAUAAAUCAGAAGGGUUUCAUGUAUGAAAAGCUGGCAACCUCAAAGCUCUUAUUGACUUAGCGGUUACUGCAUUUGUUCCGUUGAGGAAAUGGGCGGUCGAGGGAACCUGUUUGGGUUUCCGCUCCGCUGGAUCAUUCUUGUAGUUUUGACAUUCCUCUUCAAGAUCAAAGCAUGCUGCUCACUUAAUCUGGAAGGCUUAGCUUUGUUGGAGUUUCGUGCAAGAGUGGAUUCAGAUCCAUAUGGUGCCCUUUCUAAUUGGGACCCCAAUGAUGACAGUCCAUGUAUGUGGUCUGGAGUGCUCUGCCGUGAUGAUAAAGUGCACAUUCUGAAUCUCAGUGAGUUUGCUCUAGGAGGAAGCCUGGCACCUGAGAUAGGGAAGCUUAGCAACAUGAGAGCACUUAUCCUCUAUAAGAAUAAUUUCCAAGGUAUAAUCCCGAAGGAGAUUGGAGAACUUAGGAGACUGGAGUUUCUAGACCUAAGGCACAACAGGCUAAGUGGUCAGAUUCCUACUGAAAUUAGAAACAUGUCAUCAUUAAAGCGCCUCCUUCUUUGCAACAACAGUUUUGAAGAUGGUUUGUCUCCAGAAUUGCUAAAGCUUUGCAUACACUUGGAAUCACAAGUUGAUAAAACUCUUACAACAGAUUUUAGACCUCAAGCAGACUUCAUGAGCAAGAGGCUUUCAAGAAGUUUGUCAGACGGAAAUGAGGGGAAUCGUCAGGCACUUUCAAGUGAGGGGAAACCAUGUAAAGCUGAGCACAUGCAGUACCUACUUACUGCUCGUCGCAAACUUCUUGAAGUGGCAGUGAAUCUGCCUGCUGCUCCUAACGACGGAGGUCAAAUCUCAGCAGAUGUUCCUUCUCUAAGCAGUGGUUCUUUUAAGGCCCAUAGUCCUGCUUCAGAAGGGAUUUCCUCAUCUCCACCUCCUUCAUCAUCAUCCCCUGUUCCUGGCAAUGAUUCAAGUCAGAAGCCCAGCUCUCCUCCUUCCAAGGAAUCAGACAGUAGCUCUGAAAUUGGUCAGCAAGCAGCAAGCAAGUGGGUUUAUACCGUCGCACUUCCUGGUGUUGUUGUCACUCUAGUUCUCUGUCUUGCAUUGCUCUUCAUGUGUAGAAGCCGAGGUGUGGCUACAAUUGGACCCUGGAAGUCUGGAUUAAGUGGUCAGUUGCAGAAAGCAUUUGUGACAGGAGCCCCUAAACUCAAUCGUGCCGAACUGGAGACUGCUUGUGAAGAUUUUAGUAAUAUCAUUGGCACCUUGCCUGAUUGCACAAUAUUCAAAGGAACAUUAUCAAGUGGAGUUGAAAUAGCAGUAACAUCGGCUGCAGCUACAUCUACCAAAGAUUGGUCCAAAUGUUCUGAGCUAUACUUCCGCAAAAAGAUAGACACACUAUCACGCUUAAACCAUAAAAACUUAGUCAACCUUCUUGGUUAUUGCAUUGAGGAUGAGCCUUUUACAAGAAUGAUGGUUUUUGAGUAUGCUCCGAAUGGGACUCUCUUUGAACAUUUGCAUGUUCAAGAAGUUGAACACUUGGAUUGGAGUGCAAGAAUGAGGAUUGUCAUGGGUGUGGCUUAUUGCUUACAAUACAUGCACCAUGAUUUAAGCCCACCAGUUGCUCAUCCUAAUCUACAUUCGACUUCAAUUUAUUUGACAGAUGAUUUUGCUGCCAAGUUGGCAGAUUUUAGCUAUUGGAAGGCACCGGUGGAGAAGGCAAAGACAUGUGACGAUGAUUUGGAGCAACUGGACUGGCCUUACAAAGAUUUGGAAAGCAACAUUUAUAACUUUGGAAUUCUUCUUUUGGAAAUUAUCUCUGGAAAGCUUCCUUACUCUGAAGAACAAGGGUUCCUUGUGAAUUGGGCUGUUGAUUACUUGAAUGACAAACGGAGCAUCAGCUACAUGAUUGACCCCACUUUGAAGUCCUUCAAAAACAAUGAGUUGGAUGCAAUUUGUGAGGUCAUUCAACAAUGCAUUCACCCAGACACAAAGCAAAGGCCAACAAUGAAAGAAGUAACCACUAAAUUGAGGGAUGUGUUAUCAAUUUCACCUGAAGCUGCUACUCCAAGGCUAUCUCCUCUCUGGUGGGCCGAACUCGAGAUACUUUCAGUUGAAGCCAGUUAGCCACCUCGCUUGCUCGCUUGUGCAUGUGAAUCACUUCUUGUAAGCUUUUACCAUUGUACAAUCUGUAUGUUUUGUUUCAUCAUCUCUUUUGUAUGUUUUUCUCCAUUUCCCUUUGAUCAACAAUAACCCAUCCCCCUGUCUCUUUCGCUUUGGUGUUUAUUUUUUUUUAAUUUUUAACUUUUAUUUUAUUUUUUCCUCCUAAGAAACCUAAGAACUCUAAAUAAAGGUGGUCUAUGUGAUGGGGUUACAUGUAAAUUGAAUAUGUUUAAGAGAUUGAGAUGAAAAUAACAAUGUGCAUCUCGAUCCAAGUACAAUUCAUUUUUUAUUCUCUUUUCUAACGUUUUAAA